UACUAUCUCUAUAAAUAAAUUUCUAACCAUCAAAAGUUAAAAUAAUAUAGCUGGAGAUUAGAGCCUUGCAUUAGCUAGCAAGCUACUAUGUUGCACAAGCUAAAAUAUGUGCAAAAUAAUAUCCACUCUAUUCCCUUUUGGUAGUUCUGUUUCAUCUUGGUACAUGAUUAAGAAGAAGAACCUUGCUUAUCAUCUCAUUAAUCAUGACUUCUCGUUUUCGAUCUUAUUAUAUGUGUACACUAAUCUUUCUUGGCGAGAAAUUUCUCUGCACGAGAACCGAACGGCUAUCCGUACUAUCUCAAGAUGUCAACUCAAAUGGGGACUACAAAAGAGAAUAACUCAAUUUUGGAAGUAGGACUAUUAAAAGAAAAUAGAGGGAAUAAAGUUAAAUAUCCAUAUAUGCUUCUUUUCCCAUUUAUUUAUAAUUAAACGUGUCUUUUAGGUCAAUCUCAGUGUAUAAUUUCAUUGUAAUAUCACAAAGACUGUGAACUUGGUAACUAAAUGGGAUGAGUAUUAUGGGGAUGAAACUUCUCGUAAUGAUCCUGCCAUAGCAAUAAAUUUGCUGAUAUAGUAUGAUAUUUAAUGUCCAUAAAAUUUGUACGAAGACUAGUCUUAUACCCUCUCUGUCCCAAAUUAUUAGUCUUCGCACAAAUUUUUUAAAUUCGUAGACUUUACUACACAUCUAUAUAUGUAUUAUGUCUAGGUGCAUAACAAAAUCUACUAGGUGCAUAACAAAAUCUAUAAAUCUAAAAAUCAAAAUGACUAAUAAUUUGGGAUGGAGGAGUACGCUUAACUCUUUAACUAUUAUUAUUAUACCGCUGCCUAACUCGUUAACUAUUAUUAUUAAUACCGCUAUGUAAGGUGUUCUGUCGUGGUCUAAUCUCGAGCUCAGGUCGACCCCGGCUCGGUCCCUCGAGCUCGGCUCAUUGACAGCUCACAGGCUCACAGCUAGCUCUCCCGCUGAGGGCCCAGCCGCUCAGGGUCAUCACCUCCCUCUGUUUCACCUUUCCCAUCUCUCGUCCUCGGACACAAGGACUCUUUCAUCCCUUCCCUGGCGGCGACGACUAGGCGAGCGGCGGCGCUAUUUGUCCUGCCUUCGCCCAGCCCUUUGCCGGCGACGAGCGUAUCCUCCAGGGAUGAUGGUUUGAAUGGCUGUAAGUAUACAAUGGCACGGUCUAUGUCAUCCUCAGAGUGUGUGAAGAAUAGCCUGUAACUACGCAUACCCAUCAUUACAAUUACCAAUAACUGGAAAUGGACGAGGAAAAUGGCCUUGAGCUUAGUUUGGGCCUCUCUUUGGGCGGAUCAUCUGGGAAGGCUAAGGGUAGGGAUGCUCCUCUAGAACCAAAAGCAGAACCUCAAGUGGAAGAAAGCAGUAGCAAAGUUGGUUCACAAACUCCUGAUGCUGUGUUUGGAAAGUAUUAUCAAACAAACCCUGAGAAUCAAGAACACAAUAGUAAACAGAGGCACGGCCCUGUUGCGCCACAAUUUGGGAAUUUCUGGGGACAGCAAGGGAGUUCCUCUGCUCCAGUGGUAGAUGGAUCCGUCGAACCAGUGGGCCUUCAGCCUCAGCUUCCCAGGCAUCAAGAUGGUAGGAUGUCAAAUAACAGUGGAAAUAAUUCUGAGGAACAGAAGCCAGUCUUAAGUAACCGUAACUUGCUUUCUGAAGAGAUGAGCUUUCAGAAGAAGCAUCAGACAGCUGGUAACCAGCCUGAUGCAUCUAGUAAGAGCUCUGAUGGGGGUGCGAAAAAUACACCUAUCUCAAUCAGUACGGAUGAUGGUUCAACUGGUGAAAAUGAGGAUGUUGCGGAGUCAGAAGCAGAAGGUUCAAAUUCUUGGUUGGUUGCACAGCGUGAAGACAGUGCUAAGGGGUCUGUUGUUAACAAAGGAUCCGAUAAGAAAAGAUCUGCUGAUGCUGCUGCUGUUGGUUUUCAAGGAAAGAGGCAGCCAAGUUUCUCAGGAAGUGAGGCAAGCUCAGGAAAGCUGCCGCCUGGGAAUCAAUUGUCUAUGCAAGCAUCAAAUGUAGUGGCUGUGCCAUAUCAAGUCCAAGCUCAGGUGUCUGGUCCGCCUACCGUAACUAACGCACCGAAUUUUCACUCUGUAUGUCCAGUGCAGUUGAGGCCACCUACAAACAGUGGGCUAGCUGUCCAGACAGUGAGUAGUGCCUCUCAGGUUGCUUUUGGUUAUCCGGGAGCCCAGCUACCGACACUUGAGACGAGCUCUUCAUGGGCUUUUGGUGCUCCACCUCAGGCUGUGUCUUCUUUUACUGUAAAAGACAAAUCUGAGCAAAUGGGUUCCAAGCAAGCUGAUGAUGGCAAGAGACCCCAGGGUGCUUCCUCGUCUGUUCACAUGGAAGAUGAGAAGAAAGCUGAGAGGGCACUCCCUCUUAUGGGUUCUGCUAUAAGGCCAGGCAUCGCACCAAAUGUCAAAUUUGGAGGGUCUGGAUCACAUCCCGAUCUUCCUUGGGUUUCUACCACUGGUACUGGACCAAAUGGUAGAACCAUAUCCGGUGUAACAUACAAGUUUGGUAGAAAUGAAGUGAAGAUAGUAUGUGCCUGCCAUGGCACUCACAUGUCCCCGGAGGAGUUCAUGAGGCAUGCAAGUGCAGAUGGUCCGGUCCAAGAAAAUAGUGAAACUUUACCGGCAUUCCCUGUCGGUAACCAAGCAGCGUCUGCUGAAAACUAAUUUACCUGUUUGAUAGAAUGCUUGACUAAUAAUCGCUGCCCCCUUUUGUGUCUAUCACCAAUUCAUUGCAAUACUCUCUGUUCACCUCAUAUUGGUAUUUAUUAUGCAAGUGUAGACGUUUGGUGUUGAACUUUGUUUGAAGAUAGAAAAUGUGUAUUUUUAGCUCUUUGUAUCUUCAAGCAAGAUUUAGCUAGUUCUUCUAAGUUCGUUUCAUGCCAAAUGGAGUAUUGAGAUGCUAAGCCACUUGGUCGUAAA